AUGUCAACCCCAUUGUUCAUCGGUGUCGGAAUCGCAGGUGCAGCCUACGGCACAAGACUGGCAAUCCGCGGCUGGGAGCUGCACGGUGCUAAGAUCAUGGCCGCCAUUCCCCGCCCCGGAACCAUCGGUACCGGUUCCUUUUACAAGGGAGGAUUUGAGGCAAAGAUGGAUAAACGUGAGGCUGCCCUUAUCCUUGGUGUCAAGGAGGUGGGAUUGAACUCUUCAAAGCUGAAGGAGGCUCACCGCCGGAUCAUGUUGUUGAACCAUCCCGAUCGUGGUGGUUCGCCCUUCCUGGCCUCAAAGAUCAACGAGGCCAAGGAUCUUUUGGACAAGAAGUAA